AUGCUCACGCCAAACGCAUCCGUAAAUGAUGCACUCAGUUCCUUUAGUACCGGUGUGUGCGCUGAUAAAGAAUCAUCCCAGCAAAAUUUAGGCAACUCAGAGAACAUACCAGAGCUGUAUGACAUAAAGGCAACAGGCGAUAGUGAUAUAAAUGAGUGGUUUGCACUGUCACAAAAACUAAUAGAUUUAGUUGACGAUGUUCUCACAAAUGAGAAAUCCGAUCACGGUAGUGGGGAAGCCGAAAGAGCAAAUAAUUUCGCUACUGCAUUGGGCUUAUUGGGCUCGUGUUUGCAAGACGAAGAUAUUAGGAAUUGUCGACAGUCACAGGUACAACACACACCUAACAUUCACAAAUUGGCGACCGAUCCAGCAAUCGCUCCACAGAGUCCUUCAAUAGAGACCUCAUCAAGCAAGCCGUACCCGCACCGGUUAAAACCAAUAAGUCGCAAGUUAUUUCCAUCAUCACCAGACGAGGCAAUACUUGAGGAAGAGCCGUUAUUAUCCGGAAGCCUCCCAACUUAUUUGGACUCGCCUUUACCACACACAUUCUCGCCAAGUAUAGACAGCUUACAGUACAGCAACACAAAUACUGGCACCACAACAUCCACAGAAUGCAGUCCACCUACACAAAGGAGGAAAACAAUAGAUAGCGGAUACACAUCAUAUCAAAGAGCCGCUUCGCAUCAAACCCCUUACAACCGGAACUCAAACGUUGAACCACUGCUAGCCGAUGCAGUCAAGAGACAGAUUACAAUAGAUGAGGCUCUAAAGUCGGCAUUCUCAGCCUCUGACUUACAUGACUUCAACUUUGAGUCUACCGAGCACUUGAGUGCAAACGGUUCAUUACCGCCCUUAUCAUCUUUAUCGACAAGCAUGUUCGACACACUAUCAAAUCUGAAUUCGAAAACCACAGGGAUCACUACGCCUAUGUUACUUCCGCCCGAAUCACCUGUCAGUUCACAUCACAACUAUCGGUCAUAUAUGAACACACCUACAGCUAUCAGACCGUUAAAUAUAACACCUGCACGUAGCACACAACAGCAAGGCCCACAGCACCUUGAGUACAGCAUAUGCCCGAGUGAACACCAAGCAAAUCACAUACACGAGGGAAAGCAUGAAAGUCAAUUAGGCCCAUCUACUGUCGCAAUUACCCCAGCUUCAAAUCCAAUUGCUUUGGUACCUCCGGGAAAUGCUCUGUACACCAAAUCUGAAACUCAGUACAAGUACAGUCAAGAUGAUCGUAGACAGGAAAAUGACGAAUCAGACAUGGCGCCACAAGCUGCAUCCGUUACCGUACACAGGGCAGAUCUGUGGGGCCAAUUUAGGAGGCACGAUACGGAAAUGAUUGCUUCCACUAAGGGUAGGCAAAUGUUUCCGAGGCUAAAGUUUAUGGUCAAAGGUUUAGAUCCAAACCAACUGUAUGCUGUUUGGCUUCAUUUUGCCACAGAAGACGACGAGGGCGAGUGUUGGAAAUGGAAGUCAUCGGAGGGGCGAUGGGAGAUUCGGCCAAGAGCGACGACUGAAUAUGGCGAACAGCAGAUGGAAGUUGACGGUGAGGUAGAAUACUUUCGGAUCGACAUUGCACAGUUUGUGAGUUCUACAAGUUACCACAAUCCCGAGAUGUCACUGCUGAAGAUACAAACCAACCCUAUGGCCAAUUCGCAGAAGAGGAAACCCAAACCAACUCCUACACAACCGCACAGUUACAUGGGCAUGCACGUGCCCUCGGACACUCCUGGGCGCUCAUACACAUAUUCUGAAUAG